AUGGCAUCUGCAACUGUUACCAAGACCAAUAUCGGUGUGUACACCAACCCCAAACAUGACCUCUGGAUUGCCGAGUCCACCCCAACCGCAGAGGACAUCAAUGCUGGUAAGGGCCUGAAGCCCGGCGAGGUCACAGUUGAGGUGCGCAGCACAGGUAUUUGCGGCUCCGAUGUCCACUUCUGGCACGCUGGUUGCAUUGGUCCUAUGAUUGUCACGGGCGACCACAUCCUCGGCCAUGAAUCGGCCGGCCAGAUUCUUGCGGUAGCUCCUGAUGUCACUCACCUCAAGGUCGGCGACCGCGUCGCCGUUGAGCCCAACGUUAUCUGUAACGCCUGCGAGCCCUGCCUGACCGGCCGCUACAACGGGUGCGAGAGUGUCGCUUUCCUGUCCACCCCGCCCGUCGAUGGCCUGCUCCGGCGGUACGUCAACCACCCUGCCAUCUGGUGCCACAAGAUCGACAAUAUGAGCUAUGAGGCUGGUGCUAUGUUGGAGCCUCUCAGUGUGAGCUUGGCAGCUAUUGAGCGCAGUGGUCUGCGUCUCGGUGACCCGCUCCUCAUCACCGGUGCCGGUCCUAUCGGUCUGAUUAGUUUGCUCAGCGCACGUGCUGCUGGUGCCUGCCCCAUUGUUAUCACCGACAUUGACGAGGGUCGUCUGGCCUUCGCGAAGAGCCUGGCCCCUGAAGUACGCACGUAUAAGGUGGAGAUUGGCAAGUCAGCCGAGGAGUGUGCUGAAGGUAUCAUCAAUGCUUUCAAUGAUGGCAAGGGCUCUGGCCCUGAUGCUCUACGCCCCAAGCUGGCCCUGGAGUGCACCGGUGUUGAGAGCAGUGUCAACUCUGCUAUCUGGAGUGUCAAGUUCGGUGGCAAGGUCUUUGUCAUCGGUGUCGGCAAGAACGAGAUGACCAUUCCCUUCAUGCGUCUCAGCACCCAGGAGAUCGACCUGCAGUACCAGUACCGCUACUGCAACACUUGGCCCCGGGCCAUUCGUCUCGUCCAGAACGGUGUAAUUGACCUGAGCAAGCUGGUUACACACCGUUACGCCCUUGAGGAUGCCCUCAAGGCCUUUGAGACCGCCUCUGACCCCAAGACUGGUGCCAUCAAGGUACAGAUCAUGAGCUCGGAGGAGGAUGUCAAGGCCGCCACUGCUGGACAGAAGGUUUGA